AUGGCCACCUUUGGCACCUCCACCACCUGCCAGAUCGGCGAGGACGGGCGCACCGCCACGGCGCGCACCUCCGGUACGGAGUGCGCCUUUGCCUACUCUUCUGAGCCGCUCGGCGGCGGCUUCCACCGCUGGACGCUCGCAGUCCAGCGCGCGCCUCCGGAGGAGGGAGGCGAGGCGCCGGCGGGCUGGGGCGUGUGCAUCGGCGUCGUUGCCGACGGAGCGCCGACCAAGCGCCUCCCAGCCGCCAGCCGCGCGCCUCUGGCUCCGACGGCGGCUGGUGGGGCGGGCGUCGUGAGCGGCGUGCACCUGGACGCUGCAGCUGCCGAGGGCGGGCGGCGGCGGCGCGGCAGCGCGGCGGGCGUGGAGGCGGGGAGCGGCGCGGCGCCGCGUGCCUGGGGCUGGAACCCGUCGUCGCGCGCCAUCUUUGCCGCCGCGGACCCGCGCCAGUGGGGCUUCCCUGUCGUCACUUUGCCGGCGCCGGCGGUGGUUGCGGGUGCGGCGGCGGGGGAGGAGGCGGGCGCGGGUGCGGCGGCGGUGGCGGUGACGGUCUGCGUCGACCUCGGCAAGGAGGGCGCCAAGGGCGCGCCGACGCGGUCGCUGUACGUUGGCGUCGAGGGGCAGCCGCUGCAGCGGGUCGUGCUGCCGCUGCCGCGAGAUGUGCGGCUGUGGGUGCAGCUGCUGCCUGGCUGCGGCGGAGUCGAGGUGCAGCGGUACGAGCGGUUCGGCUUAAUUAAUUCACUAAUUCAUUAUUAA